AUGGCGACAGGAGUGGGACUCAUACGACUCGAACCACCAGGUCCUUUCAACUUUCGGCAGCCAGACGACUGGCCGAGGUGGAAGAGAAGAUUCACACAGUUUCGAAUCGCCUCAGGCCUGGCAGACGCGGACGAAGUACGUCAAGUGUCCACGUUACUCUACUGCAUGGGAGAGGACGCAGAGGGAGUCCUAACUUCCACCAACAUCACGGAAGACAACAAAAAGAAGUACGAUGAGGUGAUUGCUAAAUUCGAAGAAUUUUUCCGCAUACGUCGCAACGUGAUCUACGAGAGAGCGCGCUUCAAUCGACGAAAUCAGUUAGAGGGAGAGUCUAUCGAGCAGUAUAUCACCGCUUUGUACGAACUGGUCGAGACAUGCGAAUACGGAAGUUUGCAACAGGAAAUGCUGAGGGACAGAAUUGUCGUCAAACGAUCUACAAGACAGAGAGAAGCCGUGAAAGAACAGCAUAAACAUCUGCAAGGUGACGGCAGCAAGGACCAUCCAAUUGUCAUAGAGCAAGUGCGAAACGGCGCUAAAAGCGGCACAGCAGGCGGUAAAAGCGGCACCACAGGUGGCAAAUCGCAAGCAAGCAGACACCAGUUUGGCGGCGGACGGUCAAAGUCGGCAACCCCACCCGCGCGACACCAAUGUAAGCGCUGCGGAAGAUAUCAUGCUAAAGAAGCCUACUGUCCAGCAAGACAAGCCAGGUGUUCAAAGUGUAACCGAAAGGGUCACUUUGGAGCUCAAUGUUUCUCGAAGACAAUCGAAAAUGUGGACAGUGAGAGUCGAGACGGGGCCUAUGUAUUUCCAGUGAAUGUAUCCAAAAGGAUCACAUGGUCUUCCAAAAUUUCAGUAGGAGGCAAAGAGCUAACAUUCAAGUUAGAUACGGGGGCCGAGGUGACAGUGAUCACAGAAGAGGCACAUAGAGUGUUAGAAAUGCCAAAGUUGCAGAAACCGUCCAAAGCUUUGUAUGGACCAACAUCUACAGCUCUUCGGACAUUGGGACAAUUCACAAGUACACUAUCAGUGAAUAACAAGACAUCAGAGGAGACUAUCUUCGUUGUCCAGGGAUUGAAAACCAAUUUACUGGGGUUACCGGCUAUCACAUCGUUACAACUUGUCCACAGGAUACAAGCGACCAGUGUAGGAACCACCAUACCAGACCGAUUUCCCAAAGUUUUUCAGGGACUGGGUAAUCUUGGUGAUCCAUACAAAAUCAAGCUUAGAGAGGGAGCCAAGCCCUAUGCGCUGUACACACCCCGGAAUGUUCCAAUCUCUCUCAGACAACAAGUCAAAGAAGAACUAGAUCGAAUGGAAAAGAUUGGCGUCAUCUCACAAGUGGAAGACCCUACAGAAUGGUGCGCUGGUAUGGUUGUAGUCAGGAAAAAGACAGGAGACGUCAGGAUUUGCGUAGAUAUGAAACCCCUCAACGAGAAUGUACUACGAGAGAUUUACCCCAUACCCAAAGUGGACGACACACUUGCUCAAUUGGCGGGAGCCACAACGUUUAGUAAAAUCGAUGCUAAUAGUGGGUUUUGGCAGAUACCUCUAGAGGUGGAAUCUAGGCUACUGACUACCUUUGUCACUCCUCACGGACGGUACUGCUUCAACAAGUUACCAUUCGGCAUCGCUAGUGCGCCCGAGCUUUUCCAACGGCGAAUGAGCAAGAUUCUUUCGGGACUACCUGGAGUAUUAUGUCACAUGGACGAUGUUCUCAUAUUCGGAACAAGUCAAACGGAACACGACGACCGACUGACUUCGGUCUUACAACGACUGCAAGCAGCAGGAGCAACUCUAAAUAAGGCCAAAUGUGAGUUUGGGGUACACACCGUCAAAUUUCUUGGUCACAUUAUCGAUGGCAAAGGUCUUAGAGCGGAUCCAGCCCGGCUGAAAGCUAUCCAAGACCUAGAACAGCCCAAGAACGUAUCAGAAUUGCGCCGCUUCAUGGGGAUGGCAAACCAAUUGGGAAAAUUUUCACCACAUCUUUCAGAGAUAAGUCAACCUUUGAGAGAGCUGUUGAGUACGAGAUGCUCAUGGUUAUGGGAACAUCCACAAGAGCAAGCAUUCACAAGAAUCAAGGAUGAAUUGACUCGUCCUACUGUCCUGGAGCUGUACAAUCCGCAGAAGAAGGUGAAAGUAUCCGCUGACGCGUCAUCACACGGUCUAGGCGCGGUACUUCUUCAAGAAGCCGGAGAUAAAUGGAAGCCGAUAGCAUACGCAUCACGGUCCAUGACAGAUACUGAGAAGCGCUACGCGCAAAUUGAAAAGGAAGCUCUGUCAUUAACAUGGGCUUGCGAUAAGUUUCAAGAUUACGUACUUGGUCGCAAAUUUCAUAUCGAGACCGACCACAAGCCGUUAGUUCCUUUGCUUAGCACUAAGCACUUGGACAGGUUACCGCCAAGAAUUGUUCGUUUUAGACUUCGUUUGGCGAGAUACGACUUCACAAUUGAACAUGUACCUGGGAAACUGCUUUAUACAGCUGACACGUUGUCAAGAGCACCCCUACAAGAACAGAUCACGGAGGAUUCUCUACAGGACGAUGUUGAGACCUUCAUCAAUGAGGUAGUUGCUAAUUUACCAACUACAACGGACAGACUACAAACGUACCGAGAAGCACAAGCUAGAAAUGCCACGUGUGCCCAAGUGAUGCAGUACAGUCAGUCACAAUGGCCCGACAAAUGUCCUGAGGAAACUUCUCUAAUCCCGUUUUGGAGAGUAAGAUCGCUACUGACGGUACACAACCACCUACUACUAUACAACAACCGUGUAGUGAUUCCUGACGAACUCAGAAAAGAUGUCCUGACCAAAAUUCAUGAGGGUCAUCAGGGCAUAGUUCGUUGCAGACAGAGAGCACACACCUCCGUCUGGUGGCCGGGGAUAACACAACAGAUAUAUCAAUUGGUGCAACAAUGCCCCACAUGUGCAAAAGAGAAUCCACAAGGAACUGAACCACUCAUGACUUCUCAGUUACCAGAUUUUCCUUGGCAAGUUGUGGGAACGGACUUGAUGGAGUUAAAUGGAGCUCAUUAUCUUGUUGUCAUUGACUACUUCUCAAGAUAUCCAGAGCUUAUCAAGUUGACGUCCACCACAGCCUUAGCAGUAAUUCAAGCCUUGAAAUCUGUUUUUGCCCGUCACGGCAUCCCUGAUAUUCUCAGGAGUGACAACGGACCUCAGUACAUCGCUCGGGAAACCAAAGAGUUCGCCAAGGCUUAUGGAUUUGUCAUGAUAACCAGCAGCCCUAGGUACCCGCAGAGCAACGGACUCGUGGAGCGGAUGGUCAAAUCCAUCAAACAGCUACUGACAAAGGCGGAGGACCCACAUCUCGGGCUACUGGCUUACAGAUCCACGCCACUGCCUUGGUGCACUCUCAGUCCUUCAGAAUUGCUCAUGGGAAGACGAUUGAGAACAACGAUGCCACAGUCGACAGCACAACUCACCCCACACUGGGAUUACCUGAGGAAUUUUCGUGAAGCAGAUAAUUUUUUCAAAAGUAAACAGAAGAAGAACUUUGACUCCAGACAUCGAGCUAAAGACCUGCCCCAAUUACAAAAGGACACGGAAGUCUGGAUAACGUCAGGUAAAGAGCCAGCUCAAGGGACAAUCGUUGGUCCAGGCCACACUCCACGAUCCUAUGUCAUCAAAACAGACAAAGGGGAGGUGAGGAGAAAUAGAGGACAUUUGAAAGCCAUCCCAAAGUUUGGCACUUCACCUGAAAUCGGAAGUCCCCAGAAUACGGAAACUGGUCAAACAACACCAACCAGGCCACAAACGAGAAGCCAGACUGGUUGUCAAAUAAAGAGGCCGAUGAAACUCGACCUGUAAGGGGAGAUGUGGAGUGACUCUAUUAAUAGCGUAUUGACACGCAUGCGUAACUAUUGUGUCUUCGUAGUGUGUUGAGUUCUAGUGUGUUGAGUAGAAUAAAUACAAACAGUAU